UGGGAGCACUGAUGGUAAUUUAUUCUAUAGUUUUGGAGGCAGACAGCACAUCACUUCAGAUGGGGAAGAAUGGAACAUGGCCAUUCUUGCCUGUUGCAGAGAGAGGAAAAUUUUCUUUCAUAUAGAAAGUGGGGAAGCUGUUGAUUUCUUAGACGUGUGAACAAUGGAGGAAGAGGCAAAUCAAAUGCACUCCCUGAAUACAAAGGACAUGCCAAACUCUGAAAGCGGCUGUGUGUGGCAUGUCACGGAUAUGAAUCGACUCCAUCGUUUCUUGUGUUUUGGUUCAGAAGGUGGUACUUACCACGUCAAGGAGCAGAAGCUGGGCUUUGAAAAUGCAGAAGCUUUAUUAAGACUGAUUGAAGAGGGCAAAGGUUGUGAUGUUGUUCAAGAAAUAAAGACCUUCAGUCAAGAAGGAAGAGCAGCAAAACAGGAGCCCCUGCUUUUUGCUCUUGCAAUUUGCUCACAGUGUUCUGAUGCGAAAACUAAACAAGCAGCAUUUAAAGCUGUUCCUGAAGUGUGCAACAUAACAACUCAUCUCUUUACUUUUAUCCAAUUUAAAAAAGAUCUGAAAGAGGGCAUGAGGUGUGGCAUUUGGGGCCGGGCACUGAGAAAAGCUGUUGCAGACUGGUACAAUGAAAAGAAUGGCAUGGCUGUUGCUCUAGCAGUUACAAAAUAUAAACAAAGAAGUGGUUGGUCUCAUAAAGAUCUUCUGAGGUUGUCCCACCUGAAACCUGCCAGUGAAGGAAUUGCUAUAGUGACUAAAUACAUCACCAAAGGGUGGAAAGAUGUCCAAGAGACAUAUAAAGACAAAGCAGUUUCUGCAGAGACUGAAAAACUUCUGAAGUAUCUGGAGGCUGUGGAGAAAGUGAAGCGCACAAAAGAUGAAUUGGAAGUUACUCAUUUGAUAGAAGAAUAUGGUUUAGUUAGAGAGCAUCUUCUGACAAAUCAUCUGAAAUCAAAAGAAGUAUGGAAGGCAUUGCUGAAGGAAAUGUCAAUUUCUGUAGUGUUGAGAAAUUUAGGAAAGAUGACAGCGAAUUCAGUGCUUGAACCAGGAGGUUCAGAAGUAGCAAUAGUGUGUGAAAGGCUGGGAAAUGAGAAACUACUAAAAAAGGGUAGAAUACAUCCAUUUCAUAUUUUGGUUGCAUUAGAAACCUAUAAAGCUGGACAUGGAAGUAGAGGGAAGCUUUGGUGGCGUCCUGAUGAAGACAUUUUAGCAGCCUUAGAUGCCUCGUUUUACAAAACUUUCAAGACAGUUGAACCAACAGGAAAACGCUUCUUACUUGCAGUUGAUGUCAGUGCAUCAAUGACACAAAAAGUUCUGGGCAGCGCUGUCAAUGCUAAUACAGUUGCUGCAGCAAUGUGUAUGGUUGUGGCACGUACUGAGAAGGAUUCCCAUAUUGUUGCCUUUUCGCAUGAAAUGGUCCCCUGCACAGUGACAGCUGAUAUGACGUUACCUCAAGUAUUAGUGAAAAUGUAUGAAAUUCCAAUGGGUACCACUGAUUGUUCCCUCCCCAUGAUAUGGGCUCAAAAGACACAGACAGCUGCUGAUGUCUUCAUUAUAUUUACUGAUAAUGAGACAUUUGCUGGAAAUAUUCAUCCUGCAGCGGCUCUUAGGGAGUACAGGGAGAAAAUGGGUAUUCCUGCUAAAUUGAUUGUUUGUGGAAUGACAUCAAAUGGUUUCACUAUCGCAGAUCCAGAUGACAGAGGCAUGUUGGAUAUAUGUGGCUUUGAUACAGGAGCUUUGGAUGUUAUUCGAAACUUUGCUUUGGAUUUGAUUUAAUUUCCUAGGCAUCUGCUCUUCCCAGUGGGUCCAUUGCUGGCAACAGACUUCACCCUGGGAACUCCCAGCCAAAUAUGCUUUAUUAGAAUAUAGCACAGUAUAUACAUAUCAGAAUGUUACCUUUUUGUAAAGGGAAAACAAGAAAAGCAGAUGAGAAAUCAUUUCUUCUUUUCCUGUUGCACAUAGUUUAAAAUAACAGUGGGAAGCUUGCUAGAAGUAGCAACAGGGUUACACAAUAUAUAAUUUAAUUUCAUUUAUAAUAGCUUAUAAUUAAAAUGAGUUUGGGUUUCUUUUUUUUUUUUUUUUUUUUUUUUCUUCCUGUCACUUUGGGAUGCUUGUUUGCAAGAAUAAAUUGAUGAGUUACUCCAGGGAUGGGGCAGGAAAGAAAGCUGAUUUAGUCUUUUAAUAAUGUCCGUUUAAUUACAACUCAGUUGAGAGGGAUUUUUCUUUGGGCUUUUCUUUAAUCUUUGUAUUUUAAACAAGUUGCUAAGAUUCAGCAGUUUUCAUUGUUGUACUUUGAAUCUAAAACAAGAAAUAUUUUCUGGCACAUGAGAGACCAUGUAACUGUGAUGCAGUAUAAAAGUUACUUGGUGAACUUUUAUACUGAUAACACUGAAAGUAGAACAACUCGUGCUAAUCCUUUCUAUUAGGAAGAUUAUUAUCUGAAUUUUCAGGAAUAAAAUUUAAUUCUUUUUUUAUAAACUGAGGAAUAGGUUCUAUACAAUGUAGUUUCAGAAGUGCUGUUAUAGAAUUGAUGUGCUUUGCAGGAAGUUUUACAAACUUUUUAGUAGAGAAAGAGCUUUGAAAUGGCUAGAAAGCCACGUUCAGUCCAUAUUUCAACUUCAGGUGGCAUCAGUAUGCUUUCAGUGAGGAAGAUCAACAAGUGCAUGUGUCUUAGCCUACUCUUUAAAGUUAAGGGUAACAACCAGAAACAGAUCGGUUUCAUUCUUCGAAAGAAUAAUGUAUUUAACGAUACAGAAAAAAUCUUAACGAGAGUAUUUCAUUUUUUAUCUCUUUAUAGAUUAAUGCUACUUACUUCUGAUUUCUUAAUUUAAUUCAAUCUAAUAUUUUU